AUGCACGCUUCUGCCAUUGCUCCCGUCUCCUUCAAGAAGGACAACACCCCGAAGAGCCCCAACAUCUCGUCGGGUGGUGUCGGCUGCACCCUCAUGAACUCCAUCGACCGCGAGGAGCUCGUCAACUUCGGCGGCGCCAUCUCGUCCGGCGGCGUUGGCUGCACUGUCAUGAACUCCCUCGAGCAGGACGAGCUCGUCGACUUUGGUGGCGCCAUCUCCUCCGGCGGUGUCGGCUGCACUGUCAUGUAA